AUGGACCCUGGGCCUCAUCGACCUUUUUCAUUCCACCAUGGGCGGUACAGUGAUGAUGUCCUCAACAUGAAUGAUAGCUAUACUCCUCGGGAAUCUCAGCAGUCAAAUGAACAAAGCAUAUCCCUACUUCAUCAGCAGCCCUCCACUUUGUCCCUCAGCCCGUUUGCAGACCCAACUCCCAUGAGCGAACCGACUCGAGAGCCCUAUACGUGGGAUAUAGGCACAAUGAGCCCUGAUAGAGAUUCUACAGAGUUGCAAGAGCUACCUGAUCACUUUAAGUUACAAAAUUUGUCCAACAAGGGCUCUGCAGUGGCCUCUUCAAGAGACUCGGGGCAUCGUUAUAAGACAAGUACGAUUCGCCGAUACCCCACAAGGCGAAUUAAGCUUGUUCAAGGCUCAGUAUUGAGCAUUAAUUACCCUGUUCCGAGCCCUAUUCGAAAUGCCAUCCAGCCAGAGUAUCGGGAUGCAGAGGGUGACCUUUCUGAAGAAUUUACGCAGAUGAGAUAUACGGCUGCAACAUGUGAUCCUGACGAAUUUACGCUGCGCAAUGGCUAUAAUCUCCGCCCCUCGAUGUACAACAGACACACAGAACUCCUGAUCGCGAUCACUUAUUACAAUGAGGACAAAGUUCUCACCGCUAGAACCUUGCAUGGAGUAAUGCAGAAUGUUCGCGACAUUGUGAAUUUAAAAAAGACAGAAUUCUGGAAUAGGGGAGGCCCCGCCUGGCAGAAGAUCGUCGUAUGCCUCGUGUUCGACGGGAUGGACCCAUGCGACAAGAAUACACUCGAUGUUUUAGCGACCAUUGGAGUUUUCCAAGACGGGGUCAUGAAACAAGACGUUGAUGGGCGAGAAACGGUCGCGCACAUUCAGUUUGAAUAUACCACCCAGCUAUCAAUUACUCCAAAACAAGACCUCAUUCGCCCUUACAAAGAUAACCCUAUGAAUCUGCCACCAGUUCAAAUGAUCUUUUGUCUCAAGAAGAAGAACUCCAAAAAGAUUAACUCGCAUCGCUGGUUAUUUAAUGCUUUCGGUCGCAUUUUAAACCCUGAAAUUUGCAUUUUAAUCGACGCGGGCACUAAACCCGGAGCUCGAUCGUUACUUGCUCUUUGGCAGGCAUUUUACAACGACAAGAAUCUUGGUGGAGCCUGUGGUGAAAUCCACGCUCUUCUUGGCCACCGAUGGAAAAAGCUCGUGAAUCCAUUGGUCGCAGCCCAAAAUUUCGAGUAUAAGAUCUCUAACAUUCUCGAUAAGCCUUUGGAGAGUAGCUUUGGCUACGUGAGUGUCCUACCUGGCGCGUUUUCGGCCUAUCGAUAUAGGGCUAUCAUGGGUCGGCCACUCGAACAAUACUUCCAUGGUGAUCAUACACUUGCUCAACGACUUGGAAAAAAAGGCAUUGACGGAAUGAAUAUCUUCAAAAAGAAUAUGUUCCUUGCAGAGGAUCGUAUUCUUUGCUUUGAGCUAGUCGCGAAGGCGGGAAGCCAGUGGCGCCUUACCUACGUCAAAUCAUCGAAAGGAGAGACAGAUGUUCCCGAACGACCAGCAGAGUUCCUGAGUCAACGUCGUCGAUGGCUGAACGGCUCUUUUGCAGCAUCGCUCUACUCGAUCAUGCACUUCAAUCGCAUUUAUAAAAGCGGACAUGGACUACUCCGCCUCUUCGUGCUUCAUGUUCAAUUGGUGUAUAACAUUUGUCAGCUGAUAAUGACAUGGAUGUCACUUGCCUCAUACUGGCUGACUAGUUCCGUAAUUCUCGAUAUUGUGGGAACACCGAGCUCGACGAACAAAUUCAAGGGCUGGCCAUUCGGUAACGAUGUAACUCCGAUCGUCAACAACAUGUUAAAGAUCGGAUACUUAACAUUUCUCAUGCUUCAAUUUAUUUUGGCUCUUGGAAAUCGACCUAAGGGAUCGAAGUUUUUAUAUACUCUCUCCUUUGUCUACUUUUCAGUAAUACAGGCCUACUUACUUGUGUUAUCAUUCUACCUCGUUGCGCAGGCUUUGACUCCUGAGAAUCUAGUUUUUGACUUGGAUCACGGAUUUUCAGGACUGAUAGCAGGCUUCAUCGGGUCAACAGGUGGCAUUGUUCUCGUUGCUUUGGUCUCAACAUACGGGAUUUACUUCCUUGCUAGCAUUCUCUACGCAGACCCUUGGCACAUGCUGACCUCCUCGUGGGCGUAUUUUCUUGGAAUGCCCUCAUCAAUCAAUGUGCUCAUGGUUUACGCGUUCUGCAAUUGGCACGACGUCUCGUGGGGAACGAAGGGAUCUGACGCUCCGGAGAAACUCCCAUCGGCGCAAACAAAGACCGAAGAAGAAACAGCUUUCGUCGAGGAACUUGAAAAGCCCCAGAUCGACAUUGACGAACAAUUUGCGACCACUGUCAAGCGAGCUUUGACGCCAUGGCAGGAACCAAGCGAUGAUGAGGGCAUCGCCCUGGAUGAUUCCUAUAAAGCUUUCCGAACUAACUUGGUUCUCCUGUGGACUUUCAGUAAUGGAUUGCUAGCACUUUGUAUCAACAAUUCGAGCAUUGAUAGACUCUGUCUGACGAACGCAUCUACAAUCCGGACGGCGUGGUAUUUCAAAGUAAUUUUGUGGGGUACUUCCGGUCUUUCUAUUUUUCGUUUCUUUGGGUCUCUUUAUUUUCUAGCUAAAACUGGCGUCUUGAGUUGUUUCAACAGGCAUUGA